GUCUCUGCGCGAGGCUCCAGCGUGGGAGGAUAUACUCGACUACCGAACAGUCGUGGCAAAGGACGUCGGGUACUCUUUCAAGACAAUCAACUUUAUGCGAAAUUUGGCUUACCGUAUGGGACGCACCAUCCGACAGUACCGAGCCUUGCAGAAGAGGACGUCGAAGCCUUCAGCCUUGACCCGUAAUCAUCUCAACGCUGCCCUUGAUGAAUGGAAGGUGCAUGUUAAGAAUGUAUGGGAUGACGAAGAAGCAAGGAAUGAUGUUACUGUCAUUCCAGUCAAAUUGGGAAAACCAAAUGGCGUAAUUGAGCGAGUAGAUGUCAAAAACAAGAACAAGGACAGCGAAUGCACAACAACCGUAUUCAAAGAAAUUCGGGACGGUAUUAUUGACGACAUGGUCAAAAAUCGCGUUAUGCUUUACCCUAGCCGACGAGCUCUCUACACCGACAGACACAGAUUUAUGGGCGAGUUCUAUGAGCGGGCCAAUAUUUGGAGCUGGGGAAGUGAGCCGAUUAGACAGCGUCACUCCCCUUAUAGGCGCGAACGCUACUUCGACAUGAGGAGGUGGCCAUUGAACAGACAGCCGAACGAGGAAAUGAGAACAAAAAUCACAACUCGUGCGGACGAAGACCCUGACAUGCAGGCUGUGUCUGGAUUUUACAAAUAUAACAUCAAGGUUGGACCCGUCCCCAUGAUUCCCGCUCAAAGCGAUGUGGUUUCCAAGCUCAUUCACUUGCUCGGAGAUCCCGACAAAGAGAUUGUUGCCGAGCAACUAAUACAUAGCUUAUCAAAGGAGGUCGUCAAGAUUGUCAAACAGGUAAACGAGGCCUCUGGGACCGGAUGGGAGUUCAGAGUGGCACCACCAGGCGCAAGGAUUGCCGGCACAGUCAACAAGACUGCCAAUAUCACCAGUGCUAUCACAAGGCUCAGGCCGAUCGUGCGGCCCAAACAGAUCUUCAUACCAGGUCCAGCUGUGUUCCCUAUGGGCGACACGCUGCUCCAACAGGUGAAAUUGAGUCAAGAUCUUGAGAGAAUCCUUGAUCCCAAGCCCACGGGCGUAACUUCAUCCUUUACGGAAUUUUUCAGAGAUUGGCUAGCGCCAGCCGAGCGGGUUCCGCUGUUGCCUGAGAUAGAUCUUUCCAAGACACCGUCCACUAGUCGCUUGAAUUUGAAGCGCAAGGUAAACACUGCUUUUGUUACCGCUGACGGACGGGCACCUAAAAAACAGAAAACCAGCACCCUCUGUAGCCAAGGAUCUCGAAGGUCAAACAAUGUAGAUUCAGGAGGUGGAAGAGGACACCCGUCAGACUCGGGAACUGGUCCAGAAUCAGACACUGAUACGCACAUGAGCGACAUAUUGGGCUAUGAUCAUGUAAUUCCAGCUCGUGGCAACACAAGUCAGUCCAAGAAACGGAAGGAUGAUACCUUUCAGGUCAAUAUCGAGACUGACUUGGAGGACGUAAUGAAAAUGAACAUCUCCAGGAGGAAGACAAACGGCAGGAAAAUAAACAGUGGUGGUAAACCUGUCAUCAAUUUUAGCGGCCAUUACCACCGCGGCGACCACUACGACCACGACCAUGACGAUGACCACCAUGGCGAAACUACCUCAUUUACCUCAAGACCCAAUGCAAGAGUAAGAAGGGCACAUAUUCAGCAACCAAUCAUUCAUUACCCAUCAGCAACUCCUGCCCCUGUGAACCCGAUCAAGGCGGGGCCGAGUGUUGCACCGUUGCCGCGACUUGCGAUGACGUCGAGACGUGGACCACUGGAUACCUCUAGUACUUCGAAAUCAGCACGAAUAAUGCAGGAGCGCACCGACAGUGAAUAUGACGAGGGGUUUCCUAAUGAACUUUUCUAGAUACUUACA